AUGAAGUCGAGAGACGCACAGCCAAAAGGCUGGCCACAAGAUGUACAGUACCUUUCUGCCCCAAGUUAUGCGCAGCAAAUGUCGAAGCAGACGUUCAUGGCUCUUCAUACGAAGCCAAACAAUGCUGAGACAAUAGCCAUGGUGAAUGGACCGUCCAGCAAUGUAGAGAUUCGGACAAUUGCCGUUUCAACCCAUCCUGCUUAUGGACAACAUGGCCUUUUUGCUAGGAAAGAUCUGCCUCCUGGCAGUUUCAUUCUGUUCUAUGUGGGUGUUGUCCACACAGAAGAGGAUAGUGAUUGCACAUCAGACUACGAUCUCUCGCUUGAUCGGGAACUGGGAGUAGGCAUCGACGCGGCAAAGGCAGGAAACGAGGCUCGAUUUAUCAACGACUAUCGCGGCAUCAGCGCCAAGGGUCCUAAUGCUGAAUUUCGUGAGGUAUGGGUUGAUCGCGGCAAGGACGUGUACGAGCGUCGAAUGGCUGUCUUCGUGCUACCUGCUGGCAAAAGUGGCAAGCGAGCAUCCGGGAUCAGGAAAGGAGAGGAGAUUCUCGUCUCGUAUGGGAAAGGCUUCUGGAAAGAAAGACAGGCAGGCAAGACCGAUGUUGAGUGA